GCAUCCCGGUUUGACUUGACUCAGGUCCUGCUGUGUGGGGUUACAUGAAGGAUGUGAUGGACAGACGAUGGAGGCCGCGUCCUAUUUGACGUCGACAUAAAUAAAAACCGUUUGCAGGUAUUCGUUCGUGUCCGAGCCGAGCUGCUGUUCGGAACAGCACCAUGUUGGCCAGGAAAGGCCUCCUGCCCGACGGCUUCCUGCUGACCCGUCUGGCUGAGGACCAGAACCGCCUGAACCGCAGCCGCUCCAGAUCUCAGAAGGCCCGCUUCAUCACCAAGACCGGAUCCUGCAACGUGGCUCACAAAAACAUCAGAGAGCAGGGUCGCUUCCUGCAGGAUGUCUUCACCACCAUGGUGGACCUGAAGUGGCAGCACUCCUUCCUCAUCUUCACCUCAGCCUUCCUCUGCUCUUGGAUGCUCUUUGCUAUGAUCUGGUGGCUGCUGGCCUUCGCUCACGGAGACCUGGAGCCCCGUGAUCCCAACGGCGAGCUGGGCCCGGGCCCCGUCCCCUGCGUCACCGCCAUCCACUCCUUCACCUCAGCCUUCCUCUUCUCCAUUGAAGUCCAGGUGACCAUCGGGUUUGGCGGCAGGAUGGUGACGGAGGAGUGUCCUCUGGCCAUCACCGUGUUGAUCAUCCAGAAUAUUCUGGGGCUGAUCAUCAAUGCCGUGAUGCUCGGCUGCGUCUUCAUGAAGACGGCACAGGCCAACCGCCGAGCAGAGACGCUCAUCUUCUCCAGAAACGCCGUCAUCGCGCCACGAAACGGCCGUCCAACCUUCAUGUUCAGAGUCGGAGACCUGAGGAAAAGUAUGAUCAUCUCUGCCACCAUCCAACUGCAGGUGAUCCGGCGGACGGUGACGGCGGAGGGUGAGGUGAUCCCGGUGUCCCAGCUGGACAUCCAGGUGGAGAACCCUCUGAGGAGUAACGGCAUCUUCCUGGUUUCCCCUCUGAUCAUCAGCCACACCAUCGACAGAGGAAGUCCUCUGUACGAGGUCUCCGCCCAGUCGCUGGGCUCUGAGGACCUGGAGAUCAUAGUCAUCCUGGAAGGCGUGGUGGAAACGACGGGGAUCACCAUGCAGGCUCGGACCUCCUACACUCCCGAUGAGAUCCUGUGGGGGAGGCGCUUCGUCUCCAUCAUGACUGAGGAGGACGGACGUUACUGCGUCGACUACUCCAAGUUCGGCAACACGGUUCCUGUCAGGAUGCCAUCUCUCAGUGCCAAGGAGCUGGACCAGACCAGGGGCGUCCAGGAGGGCGGCUCGGAUGCCCACCUGCAGGGCUGGGGCUUGGUCCGGGCCGGGAGGGGAGGCUUCCGCAGAGGGGGCCGGACCUGCGAUAGCUCCGCCUCUCAGCCCUGGUACGCCCAAUCAGAGAAAUGUGAGAAAGAGGUGGAGGAGAGAGGACAGAAGAAAACGGUGCAGCUGGAAGUGAUUGGACGACAGACAGAAGAGGACGGAUUGGGAGAGAUGAGCGAAUGAAAACCAUGAAAAAAAAAGUAAAUUGUGUACAGUAAAUAGGAUGUCUUCUUCAGGUCAUCCCUCAGGUGAGCUGGGGGAUACUAAAAGUCACCGUAUUCACUUUCCUGCCAAGAGGUAGUUGUUGUUGUUUUCACACAUAUUUUUGUACGUAUUACACAAACGAGAAGGUGUUAAUUACUGAGCUUCAGGGCUGCAGGCUGGUGGAUUGUCUGUAGUUUUAGCUGAUUUGUCCUGGUUGUAGUAAUGAUGAUGUAGUAAUGCUAAGCUAAGCUUACCAGCUACAGACCCGAGAGUGGAAUCAAUCUGAUCAUGAGGCACAAGAAGAGGAUUUCAGUAAAUGUUGCCUGCAGCACACAACGCCCUGCAUGCUCAGCCUGCUUAGUAACCAAGUGGUCUGCUGAUCAGUUAGAUCCCACGUAAGCUUCAGUGCUUACUGUGCUGUUUGUGAGCCAUCUGAAGGCUGCUGUUGUACGAUCAGUCACAGAUGGGUUUGAAUCCUGCAGCACCCGAUAAUCACUGGGACAUUUGCUGUUGUUUUUCUCAGUUGUAGAUGUAUGAAAUAUCUCAGUGUUUGUUAUUUAUGUUGAAAUAAAUCAGCUUUUUGUA